GGGGCUGAGCAUUGGGCUGCAAUUCAAGGCUUCUGUCCAACCGCAGGCUCCGAGCAAGCUCCGAGUUUGGGGCAAGGGAUGGGGACGCCUAGCUGACGUGAUCCAGGCAGAGGAGUCGAGUCUCUGCAAACAGAGGAACACACUGGCGAAGAUUCGGCUCCCACAGCAACCUAAUUGUAGCUUUGAUCAACACUCCCCAUCACUGGCCUCUGUUGCACCCUUUGCCGUCCGCCGGAGUAGUUCCCACUACAGCCAGCCAGUUCCGCACUACAGGAAACCGUCCCAGUUUACCGCGGAACAGCUCUAAGAGGCUACUUGGCUUCUGGCUCAGGCUCUGGGCAGGAAGGCCUGGCCGCCAGAAUGUUAGGUGGCCAAAAUGAACCGUAGGGGGCCUCAGAGAGUAUUUGCCCACUGGACAGCACACAGGUCCUGAAAAGGGGGCGUUUUGCAAGACUCUGGCUGUCGCCAUCUUUCUGAGGCCCAGGUAGGACUGUCCUUGACACCUGAACAGAAGCUCAUGUUGGAGGAUGGAUGACUCAGAGACAGAUUUCAACCUUAAGGUCGUCCUGGUCAGCUUCAAGCAAUGUCUCAGUGAGGACGGAGAGGUGCUGCUGGACCACUAUAUCGCCAGCUGGAAGGGACUAGUCAGGUUUCUGAACACUCUGGGCGCUGUCUUCUCAUUCAUUUCCAAGGAUGUGGUCUCCAAGUUGCAGGUAAUGGAGCAUCUGAGAAACAGCCCACAGUGUGAGCACUACACUAGCUUGCAGUCCAUGGUAGCUUACGAGGUGGGCAACAAACUGGUGGACAUAGAUCGCCGCUCCCGUUCUCGGUACCCUAACUCAGGCUGCCGGACGGUGCUGCGCCUGCAUCGUGCUCUGCACUGGCUCCAGCUGUUCCUGGAAGGCCUGCGCACCAGCCCUGAGGAUGCGCGCACCUCCACAGUCUGCAGCGACGCCUACAAUACCACGCUGGCUGCCUAUCACUCCUGGAUCAUACGUCAAGCCGUCACUGUGGCCUUCUGUGCCUUGCCCACACGCAAGGUCUUUCUGGAGGCCAUGAAUGUGGGGUCUUCUGAGCAGGCAGUGGAGAUGCUGGGGGAGGCCCUGCCCUUCAUUGAGAAUGUGUAUGAUAUCUCCCAGAAGCUCUAUGCCGAGCACUCCCUGUUAGACUUGCCGUAAUGGUGGUGGCCACACUGUAUGGGCUUCCCCUGCUCAGAACUGGGUUUGGGUAACCUGGGACUACUUCCACAGCAUUGCUUUCUGGAUGUCCCUGUAACCCCUGAGCUUGUUAGAGCCACAGUCUGUGAAAAGAAAGGUGGUGGGCAGCUGAACCAAGAGAGGUGGGUGCUAGUUGACCUCCCGGUCCAGGACGAGACCAUUGAACUCCAGUUUUGCCCUC